AUGACCAUGGCGUGGUAUUGUUCUGGAUCUACCAACACCGAGUUGAUUGAGAACCUAUCCAAGGCUGGACUGAUCCAGAAUGAGCGUGUGAAAGAUGCCAUGAUUGGGGUCGACCGAGCACAUUAUGCUCCAUCUCGGCCGUAUUCGGACUCGCCUCAGCCCAUUGGAUAUGGAGCCACCAUAUCAGCACCGCACAUGCAUGUCCAUGCAUGUGAGUAUCUGAUUGAUUAUAUUAAACCAGGUGCUCGAGUGUUAGAUAUCGGAUCUGGUUCAGGGUACUUGACCCACGUCCUUGCCAAUCUGGUGACCGACUCCAACACUCAGGGACAGGUGAUUGGCAUUGACCAUAUUUCCGAGCUGACAGACUUGGCUCGCACCAACAUGGACAAGUCCAAGAAAGGUAGUGAAUUCCAGACAUCCAAAACCGUCAAGUUCAUCACUGGUGAUGGACGCCUUGGAUGGAAAGAAGGUGCACCGUACGAUGCCAUCCAUGUUGGCGCUGCAGCCGACCAGCUUCACCCAACCCUAGUGGACCAACUGCGUGCUCCUGGGAGACUCUUCAUUCCAGUGGAAUCGGAUGAGAGUACCGAUCUCAACGGGGGUCAGUAUAUCUGGGUGGUGGAUAAAAAGGAAGACGGAUCCAUUCGCAAGGAAAAGGUCUUCCAAGUGAGUUACGUGCCCUUGACGGAUGCUCCACGAGGAUGA